GAGACCGAUUUUGUUUGGGUUUAUUUUCUCAGUUUGUCAGUACAUUGAAAAACUUCUAAAGGAACAGUAGUUUUUCGCUUGAUGGUCAGUUAAAAUGAAACCCUUCGUCGUGAUUCGCAAGCUGGAAGGGCAGGACAACUUGCAGUGUCAGAAUGUCGUGAAAGAUUUUAUAAUGGCAGGUGCCUGGGAUGCCUUCGUGUCGUGUUUGUUCCGAGAGAUAACUCUUCAACUGGUAGUCAUAGUAUGGGCAAUUCUGUUCAUAUUCUGCGGAAUUCCACUGCUCAUGUGCUGUAUUGCGAUACCGGUGGUGGUAGGACUGAUUUUGUUUACGACGUACGGUAGUUAUUUCAAUAAAUCAAAUGAGCUAGCCAUUCGGGGUGGUAGCAAUAUGUGUUGGGUGGCGGAAAUUUACGAACCACUUGUUCACAACGGAUUAACCCAGGGCCUGGAAAUAGACCAGUUUUAUAAUGAUGUCCCGAAAGUGGACAAAAAAGAGCUCAGUAAAAUGAGGCGGAAAGUGGUCGGAACUGUAAGCUGUAAGAACCAUCUUAUAAUGGAGAACUCCGGUUGGAUUUAUCGACUGGCAGUAUGUCCUAAGUAUCCAUUCAGGGAGAUUGCGGAGCAUUUGAUCAUAAGGGUGCUUGAAAAUGCUUAUGAUAAUCAACUGUUCACGAUAGAAACGGCUACAUCCGAGUGUGACGAAAGCAUCAGGGAAGUUUACUUGAAAUUGGGUUUUACUCUGAGACUGGUAUAUCAUAAGCAGAUUAUCGGAAACACAUUGAAAAUCAUGAAGUCGCAGCUGGGAAUCGACCCUUUCGAAUGGAAUCAAAACAGGGAGCAAAUCAAAGUAGAGUUGUAAUAGCCAUUCAUAUGAACUUGACAAAAAUUUACAUUUUUAUGUUGAUUCUUGCUAAAGCAUCAUUGUACAUUAGAUCGUAGAAUUAGUUAAGCUUCAAUAAUUUACUCCAAUUAACCAUGAUCAAAAGUAAUCUCACCAUUUGAACGAUACUUCAAACCGGUAUAUGAUAUUGAAUAUUCUAUGAAUGCUUAAUAGAUCGUAGGUAUUAUAAUUUAUUCAUCUAACAACGUAUAUAAUUUCUCCAUUAAUUACAAACUGAAUCAGUA